CACCGACCGUAUAUGAAACAAUACACGCGCACUGAAACCUAACCGAGGCUGGCCUUGGUUCGGAUGACCGCAGUGGUGCUGCCUCCCUGAGCUCCAUCAGCCGUGCAGGUGCCGAGCCGAGCGGCACACCGGGCCCAGCGGCUCUGAGAGGGGGGACACGGCAUGCCGGAGCCGGGGGGAUAUCUCAUGUGAUCCGUUGUGUCAGGCCGAUAUGAUCGUCAGUGCUCAGGGAUGUACAGUCUCGUGAGGAUUGUACACAGAAUGUGGGCCCGCUGCACCCUGUACUGACUGUUCUGACUGAACAGACUGUACUGAGACACAGCCUGACUGAUCUGGUUCUGUUCUGAUGGGCUCACACAGAGCUGCAUGUAUGCAGGAACACCUGUUCUGUAAAGCUGCUGCAGGACAGAGUGUUGGAAUUUAGAGUGAGUCAAAGGUCAAGAAAAAGGCUUCGGUGUUCCAUGUGCCCGUUAGCGUCUUCUUGUCAAGAUGAGUACGGACAGACCCAAACGGAACAUCAUCAAAAAGAAAUAUGACAUCAGUGACGGGAUGCCGUGGUGUGAAGAACGUCUCGUCCGCAAAGUCCUCUUCCUGUCCCUCAGGGAAUUCAGAGACACACACCGUGCCACACAAAAACACUCACACAUACACACGCGUGCACACAAGCACACAACAAAAAAUACUCUCCUUCAUGCUCAGCGAAAGACACGGACACUGGCAAAAACCCACAAGCAGCAAAACACACGCACAAGACAGAGUGUGCACACGCCACGACAAAGACCACCUAUCACACACACACAGAAAAACACACAAAAUAUGCACAUUUCAAAACCCCCCCAUGGAGACUCCAACAAAGGGCGAAAAAAUAACGUGUCUCAGGACUCAUGCACACCAAGAAAUAAAUGUACGUCCACCCUACAGAACAUGCAAACACAAUCAGGGAGAAUGACACACACUGUACAACCCACACAAGAUAAUACACACACACUCCAGAGGAAUUCUGCAUCCACCAGGACACUACGCUCGCAUAAAACACAUAAAACACUGCCGCUGCUCAACUCAAAACACGCAGAAAGUGCAAAACACACACAUGUUGCUCAGCACAAACACUCAGUGAAGAACACACAGACGCUGCUGAAGGCUGCUACCCCCCCGAGGACGCUGCGCUCACACCCCCCCACACGCCUCAGGGGCUCCCUGGUUAAUGGCAGCAUCAGCGGCUGUCAGUCCCUGCUGUCGGCCCGCUGGAGCCUCUCCCUGCAGACGCAGCUCCGCCCGGCCAGCCUCCACCGCCACAGGGACGACUCGUCCAGCAAGAGACCACGGCUGCAGGCGCAGAGGAAGUUUGCUCAGUCCCCUCCCAGCUCUCCAGGGCCGCCAGCAAUGAUGUCAUCAGCACGAGGUAAGCACGCACACAACCUGGCGGUGGUCACCUGUCUGACGAGGAGGCGACCCAAGACCGAGGACUUCCUGUCCUUUCUCUGUCUGAGAGGUUCAGCAGCGUUGCCUAGCAACAUGGCCUUCUUAGCGAGUGGACGAGCGAAGGAGCCAGCUGGCACUCAGCGUCUUACUUCCUGUCUCCCAACCAAUCACAAGACUGCAGCGCAGGGGAAUAACAUGAGCCUCUUCAGCAGAACAACAGUGCAGCGGGACUCUCGCUCUCUGAGGGGGGGGCCUGCCGGCUAUGCAGCGGGGGGCUCCUUCUGCCCUCUGAGCGCCCGGGCACAGAGGAGGAGGGAGAGAGAGAGGAGGAGUAGAGAGGGGGGAGCUGAGAGACACCUGCUGAGACCCCGGCAGCUCCCCCUGCAGGUCAGGAGGACAGACCAGGUUUCCAUGGUGACUGGACUCUCUGAUCAAAGAGCUUCCUGUGUCAGGUCAGUUCCCAUCUUAAAGCCGAGCUCCGGGGGAGCCAGCAGACGCUCCCCCAGGCCCCCCCCCAGGCCCCCCCCCAGGCCUAGCAAUACCUGUAAACCCAGACUCCAGGAAGCCAAAAACAAACACCUCACCCAGCGCAGCAAACACCAGCUGCCUCGCAACCACCGCCUUCCUCCACAACCCCGCUCCACCCCAGACAAAUCCAGAAACCCCAAGACCUUCAGCAGUGUGCAGAACUCAGGAAGACGUCCCAGCAGGACUCAAACCCCAGUGACUAAUGGCUCAGCGAUUAGAGCGCUCACUGAGAACCCUGAGGUUCUGAGGUCAUCCAGGAGAAGGAGAGGCCUCCCCCCCGACACCAGCCCCACCCCUCUGAACAACAAGAACUCAAAGAAGGCCAGGACAGUGCAGUGCAGCCAUGCUGAUGUCCCAGAGGAGAGGGAAUGCCAUGUUGGGGAGAUCCCUCAGAGGGAGGCUAGCUGUGAUGCAGAUGUAAGAGAAGCGUCUGAAGGCCACAUAAGUGAAAUCACUGAAGACCUUCCACAGGACACAUGUGGCUGUGUUGGAGAGAUGACAGUAGAGAGGGGUUGUGGCGUUAGUGAAGACAAACAUGUUGAAAGUGUGUCCGCCGUCUCUUCUCAAGAAGAGGUCAACCUUUCCACCAUGAUCGCAAACUCUGAGCUAGGCCCCGUCAGUGAGGUCAUCGGCAGACAUGUGAGAGACAGAAGGCUCCAGAGAAAUCAGACUGUCCCCAGACUAAUGACCAGGACUGCUGAUUCCAGGAGGACUACUGCCGUUAAAGUUGCUAUGAACUCAUUGACUUCUACACACACACACAGUAACCCACCAGCCAGUGUUUUUGCCAAGCACACUGCUAAGGGCACUAACACAUGUACUAGCAAGGACAUGACCAAGUGUACUUCACCAUCCAGCAGAUGCUCCACUAUCCUGAAUUCCAAAGGUGCUGUAAAAGACUCUUCUAAGGGUACCACAGAGGACUCGACAGAGGACUGUUCAGCUGUCAGUAGUUAUUCCAACACUUCCAGGGGCUCUGCAAAGGGCCCCACCCAGACCAAGUCUACUACCUCAGCCAUUAAGACCAGAAGCAGCCCUAGAAUCCUUCAGAAGCGCUAACAACACCUGAUUAACUAUAUUAAGAAAUUGAUGAUUAGCAAAAUGUUCUAAAUAACAUUGGAUACUGAUACUGUAAACACAGCAUGGUCUUGGUUGUUGGCUGCUUGGAUAGUGAUAUGUGUACUGUUCACUACACAUGUCAAUAACUUUGGGAUCAUUUGAAUGAUUUAAUGGUUUAGACUGUGAAGGCUCAUGAACACCUUCUGUUUCGCGCAGACAGGUCCGUAGGAGGAAAUGUCCAUAAGCGAGUGAAGACAGACUUCCCACACUGUCCUUUACUUGUGUAGAACUUUAUUUAUAAAAACAAUGUUCCAACCCAAGAUCUACAUGAGGUAAAGCUUAAAGGUGAGGUUUGACCUGAUAAUGAUCUUAUGACAAACACAUUUAUCAAUAAAGUAAAUAGCAAGUUAAAGGACAGUGUGUUUCCAACACUUUUCACAGCCUAAUGGCAGACAAGUUGUGUAAGGGAUUGAUCAGUGGCUCAGUCAGUAGGGGCUUGGACUGGGAGCUGCAGGGUCGCCGGUUCAAGUCCCCGACCAGACCUAAAAUAUGGAGUGUGGACUGCUACUUGGAGAGGUCCCAGUUCACCUCCUGCCCUGCCGUGGUGCCCUUGAGCAAGGCACCGGACACCCCCCUUCCCCCCUCACUCCCAUUGCUCCCCGGGCACUGUACAAUAGCUGCCCACUGCUCCUAGUGCUAGACUCCUGGUACUAGGAUGGGUUAAAUGCAGAGAACACAUGUCACUGUGUGUGCUGUGUGCUCUGCACGUGUGACCAUUAAAAGAGGGUUUCAUCCCUCCCAAUUCUUCUCAGAUACUGCCCUGCUGUAUCUGGAAAGGCACAUAGUUAAAACUGAAGUGGGUCUGCUGUUUAGUUUGUCUGCCAUUGCAUUCAGAAAGGAAUAAUCUGUUUAGAUUCUGAGGUGUCCUUUACUCUGGUGACAUGCCCCCCCCCACAUGGCAUUCACACUAUAGGAUAAAUGACUGGCCCACAAACAUCAUGAGUACUGAUACUGAAAUGUCAGCAGGUUUCAGGAUGACAUCAGGUGCUAUCGGUGCUAUUAGCUUCCCCAUGAGCUAUUUUGGGAGGUUGAGUAAAAUAGAGUUCAAAUGUUAUACCUUUUAUUAAUUAAUGUUUCACUUGACCUCACAGUAAUGCCCCUGUGUGUGAAGGAUCAACAUAUUACCAUAGACUGUAUAUAUAAAGCAUAUUACACCUGUUUGAGUGACUCAAAAUAAAAAUAGUGAUAAAAUACACAGUGGGAGAGGCUUAUCUUUCUGUUUUUCCAACAUAAACUGGCCAUCUAAGUAAUUCAGUUGGACAACAAUAACAUGAUAUUCUUACACAGGGAAGUGUUUGUAUGGGGUUCAUAUUUCUUUUUUCCAUAUAAUAUGUUUUAUCAGUUCAAAUCAGAGGAACGUUUGUUAAUUUAUGUUCAGCACAAGGUAAACUUAGUUUGCUUAAAGACAUCAUUCAGUUUCAUGUUAUAACCCCUCUCAGCUGUGGAACUUUAAGAAUCCAUAAACUGACAUUAUGUAUAAUUAUUAGAAUAUGAUUAAAGAAAAUGUACAGUAAACUGCGUUCAUUAUAACUGACUUUAAAGGGCGUGUAUUAAUAGAUUUGUCGAUGAAGUGAAAGCUCUUUAUGUCAAUGUGAAGCAUUGCUCAAAGGUUCUAUAACACUAGGGCAUCAAAGGAUCAAACUAAUUCCAUACUACAUUUUUUUUGUACACUAAAACAUACCAUGUUUGUUGUAGUUACUAAUUUAUUUAUAACUAAAUUAUGGAAAUGCCUUAUUCCAGACUGUUUGCUAAUAACAGUUUUUAGUAUCAGGAAUUUUGUCCUGGUUGGUAUUUUAAAAACUAUUGAUUCUCUCCAUUCUAUGCGUUUGUACCCUUUGUGAACUCAUGGUUAAUCAUUAUUACAUAGUCAGCCCUUCUCUGUAGCAACACAACAUCAUUGCAGACAAUCUACUUCCUAAAGCAGGUUCAUCCUGUAUGACUCUGGAGGAUUCCCACUAACAUGUUAUGGAUGUUUCAUUAAGGACCUGUACAUGUUUCUAUGACUCUGUUGGCUGAAUGGCCAUAACUCCCAUGUGCUGGGACGCUUCCGGUUUUUCAUGUAUUUUCUCUACAGCCUUGGAGCUUGCUCCUUUGACCAGUGGGAGACUUCUCACACUUACAAACAAAUGGAGUCAUGUCUUUGUUCCCGACCAUGGAUAUUAGUGAUCUCAUUCUAGUUAAUGCAACAUUUUUUUGAAGUUGUCAGUCAGUUGUUUAUUGUGUAUUCAUGAAGUUUAAGUAAAAUUAGCAAACUCUUACAGCCCCAAGGGAUUAAGAACGUGAAAAACUCCUGCAUUUGUGCAACUACAUCAAACUAACUGUAUAAAGUCUGUAAAUGUGAAUCAUUUUAAUGGAAUUUGCAAUAAAUUCUUUUUGCAUAUUUA